CAUUCGAAACGGUUGAAAAAUGUAAGUAAAAAUUUCUUCUUUUGUAUAUUUUUUAUAAAAAUCAACUGAUUUUAGGGAAAUUAAAUCAAAAAACGCACACACAAAGCUAAGGCAAUUUGAAAUCAUGAUAGAUUUCAUGGAGAAUCAUUCUCAGCUGGCAAAAGGCAUUUUAAAAACCGCAAACGGGAAAAGUACCAGUAACUCCCUGUGGAAAACUUUGGUGGAAGACUUAAACGCUGCUGGCCCUCCAACACGCGAUGUUGCUGGAUGGAAAAAGGUGUGGGCGGAUUACAAAAACCAUUUAAAGUCCAAGCUACGCAAAAACAAAAAUAGCUUAGCCGACACGGGUGGCGGGCCAUCAAAAUAUUGCUCGCUUACCCCAUUGGAAGAACAAGUUGAGAGAUUAAUGGCGAUGGGGGAGGCAAUUGAUGGCACAGUAGGCGCGUCAAAUUUUGGAAGUAUUUAUGCCGGCCAAGAUGCUGAACGUUCAAUAAGCUCAGAAGCAGUUGGAGAAAAUUUUGCAGACUGUGAUGAUGUGAUGGAAAUAUGCUUGGAGAGCAACGAAAAUGCUACGUCCCAACAGCAGACUCCAGUAAAAAGAACACGGCGGGUAAGUAAAGUUGUGGAGAAAGAUGCACUCCUCCGAAAACAAGUUGAGAACCAAGCGACGUUCCACGCAGAUUGUCUUUCUGAAUUAGGAAAGAUUCACGAUGAUCUGAAAUACUUGGGAAAGCACAUGAAGAAAAACAAUGAACUAAAAGAAAAGAAAUUAAAACUCCAAAUUGGAAAAUUUAAUUACAAAAAGGAAAUGGACUUGGAGAAGAGGAAAUUAAUGAUUAAUAAGCUUAAAUUAAAGCAGCAACUUUUAGAAAUAAAAUUACAAAGGAGAGAAUUAGAUGGUUAAAGUACUACAAAAAUAAUGUCAAUUAAUUGAUAUACAGUGACUUGUAAAGCGAUCCCACUUCCAUCUUGCAACUCUCUCAACGAGGUUUUUCGUAAUAUUUUAUUAUUUUUUGUAGAACCAUAGUUUAUGUAAAAAAACUA